AUGCUUGCCGCUCUUCUGAUCGUCGCUCUGGGCUGCCUUCACUCUGCAUCCACCUCUCCUCCAGGUCAGGAGGUUUCACUGCGGUUCCUCUGUUGCGUUAAUACCAGUUCCAUCCAGGCGUUUACACCCACGGGUGCCCGUGACCUUGACCCGGUGAGGUGCUCUGCGCGCUGCCUGCAUGAGGGGUGUCAGUUUGCAGCAUUGUCUUCAGAGACUUGCUACUGUGGAAACCAGUUGCACGCUCUGGUGGUCAGCGCUUGUUUUAACUCUUCUCUCAGAAAGGGGACAAUAGAUGUGAAAGAAGGAAGUGAAAAUCAAAGUCCCAUUUAUUAUCUUCCUCUUGGACAUGUUGGAAAUGGAAAUGAAGGAUCUGUGGCACUCCACGGAGGCCAAGGACCAUUUCUUCUCUAUAUGAGUGUGUCAGUCUGUGCUGAGAGAGCACAGGCAGGGAGGACGUCUGGAGUGAAAGGCUCUGGGAAGCUGGCUGGAUGCUGGAAACAGACCACAGAUGUGGAGGAUGUGGAGAAAGUUAGUUGUUCCUGCUCUGACUGUCUGAAAAGCAUUAUGGUAGUUGUAUGUCCUUUCAUCUCCAACCUCAGCCUGGAGGUAUCUGACUAUCAGCUGACAGCAGAUGAUGUUGUUUCUGAGGACAUUGAGCUCUUGAAGCUCGCAGUGGAAGCAGAAUCCAACCAGAGCUGUGAAAAUCCCAAAGACUGUAUUGGCACAGAGAAGUACUGUAGCCAUGAGCUGUUUUUUGACAUCCCCAGAGGGGUCACAUCAGACCAGACGUGUUUGGUUUCAUUUAUCAUUUCAGCAGAGUCAGAUGGGACAGUCUCUCUGCUGGUGAAUGCAACGGUAAAGCACAGAAGCAGCAGCUGCACCGCAGGGGCCGAGGCAACAGUGGUUUUGUUUUUCGACCACAGCGGGACUGUUGUGAUUCAGCUGCGAGCUGAGAAUGAAGUCUCUUUUCAGAGAGAAAGUGCAAGAAUGUGUGUCAAGGGGAACAGGAAGUUACAAGCUAAAGAUAUUACAACAUGGAAACCACCAGCUCAGAGUGAGGAGCAAAAUGUGGUUAGGAUUUAUGCAGGGGGGCAAGUGCAUUCCACAAAUAAAGACAUAAUCUUCCUGGUUGUCACUGACAUCCCGGAUCCUGUAGAGUUCUUCUGGGACUUUGGCGACUCCAAAUUAGCCAAAACCUCAUUAAGGACCAUCACAAAAAGAUAUCACACCCCUGGAAGUUACAAAGUGGUAGUUGCUGCAUUUCGGGGUCAGAUGUCCGUCAUCUCCGAUGUGUUUCCCAUUGUGGUCCAGAGAGCUGUGAAGCUCAGCAGACUGGUUCACCAGGCCUCGGUCCUAAGGAAUCGGACUCUCACAAUAAGAUGCAGAGUCAAUGUGGGGACCAACCUCACCUUCAUGUGGAGCUUUGGAGAUGGAACAACCAGACCUGGGCUGAGCACAACACAUCAUGUCUUCCACAGGUUAGGGGAGUUUAUCGUCAAAGUGACUGCAUCUAAUCUCAUCAGUUCCGCGUCUUUGAGCAGCCACAUCUUUGUUGUCGACCGGCCUUGUCAGCCUCCACCAGUCAAAAACAUGGGCCCGCUCAAACGUCAGUUCCAGAGGCAUGAAGCCAUCCAUUUGGGUGUGACGUUUGAGACAGACGUGGACUGUGACAUAUCAGAAGGCCUUCACUACACCUGGACCUUAUUUGUUUCUGGAGGCCAGAUUAUUCCUUUGCCUCAUACAGACACACAAAGACAAAGUCUCAUCCUGCAGAGCCAUCUACUACAGUAUGACACCUACACAGCCAUAGCAAGAGUUCAGGUUAUUGGCAGUGUGGUGUACAGUAACUACACCGUGACUUUUCAAGUGAAGCCAAGCCCUCCAGUGGCAUUCAUCCAGGGUGGCACCAACGUCUUUAUUGGCAAAAAAAGCAGCAAUAUGGUCACCCUGGAUGGGCAGAAAUCGUAUGAUCCAGACUUCCCUGAAAACCUGCUCAGUUACAGUUGGACAUGUAAACCAGUUUCGACCAUCACCAGCUCCUGUUUCGACCAGGAAAUUCCCACUUCAUCCCCUGUGCUGAAAUUCCCUACCAGCCUGUUGAAGCCCAAGUUUGACCAGUUCCAGUUCACGCUCACCGUCCGCAGCGGAGAGCGUUCGGCUUCAUCAGAUGCUUUCCUCACAGUAACAUCACACCUGACUGGGAAGGUCUCAGUUUUCUGCCACCAGUGCCAGGGAGAUCGUGUGAACUGGGAUCAGUCUUUUACUGUCAGUGCAGUUUGUGAGGACUGUAACAUUCGCAGGGAACUCAUCCACUACGCAUGGAGCCUUUACCUGGUCAAUGCUUCCUCCAAGCCCAUCAUAGAGGUCCCAUUUUGUUACACCGUAGAUGUCAGUGCUCCCUUUGCAAUCCUGGCGGAUCCUCCUACAUCCACCCUGACUCCUGAGAUGUCUUCCCUCCACCCAUCUGUUACAGAUGUGUCACAGGACCAUCGUUAUGCUGAUGCCUCUUCCCACGCCUUCCUUACCGAAAAGAUUUCUGAAGCAACGUUGCAACCUCAGAUUUUAUAUCUGGGGGACGGGAAGACCGCAUCAGCAGAAAGCAGAGACAAAUCAGAUCAUUCUGAUAUGCCAAGGUCUGACCCUUCCCAUACACCUGUCCUUGACCAGGACACCAGACUACUUUCAGACCACAUGAGCUUCAGUGGCCUUUCUAGUGAAUUCCCAACUGAGUCCUCUGCAGCCUGGAAAGAUGCUUUUCCUUUAAUGGAAGGGGAUCACGUAGCUGGUCAACUUGCCAAUUCAGCGGCAAGUUCUGAUGAUUAUGAUGUUCCGUAUCCAAGCGUGGAUGAAGGAGACUCAGGGAUGUCAGCAGGAAGACUUAGCGGUGUAGAUGCUGACAGCAUCAGUCUAGGCGAUGACUCACUGACCCUCAACAAUGAGGGAAGUAACCUGAUGGAUCCCAAACCUUCAGCCGUGAUUCUGGAGCCAACUUUGCUCGACUUACACAAAGAUUCAGUGGAAAGAGGCCAAUUUGAGUCCUACACUUACACAGGAAUCUCCUCCACUUCAAUUCAAUUCAAGCCCUUCAGUCUGAAACCAAGAAGCUUGUACAUGUUGCAGGUCACUGCCAAGUUUAAUAAUGAUUUGAUUGGUUGGACUCAGCUCUUCCUAAAAUCCAACCCUGUCCCAGAAGGCAUGACCUGCCAGGUUCAGCCUGCUGAAGGGAUGGAGUUACACACUCCCUUCAGCAUCUUCUGCACCUCAGGACGUGAGGACUUAGAGUACAAGUACAGCUUCAGUGUAGGAGGCAGGCCCCCCAGGAUACUGUACCAGGGAAGAGACAUCCAGUACUACUUCAGCCUCCCCUCCGGUGACCCCAGUGAUGACUAUAAAGUAAGAAUCUACACUGAAAUCAGAAGCAGCAGCUCUGGUUCAGACACCAAACCCUGUCUCGUCACCGUCCGAGUCAGACCAAGCUUCCUCAGAAACACCUCCUCCUCUUCAUCCUCUCAUCAUGAUCCUGCUCUGAAGCUCUCAAAGAGUCUGAGGAACUUGUCCACUCUUGUGCAGCUUGGAAAUCUUGUGGAGGUCCAUAACUACAUCAGUCUCCUGACCAGCAUCCUAAACAGACUGAGCCGGGACGCUGAGGAUAACACACGUGCGCAGAUGCACAUUCGCAAUGUGCUCAUUUGUACUUUAUGCAAGUUCAAGGGCAGUGAUGAGAUGUCAAUGGCUGACAAUAUCUUCAUUCUGAAUGAGCUUCUGCAAAUUACAAAUCAGGUGACAAUAACGAGUGUCAGAUGUGUAGCAUCACAUGUCCGGUCUGUUUCAGAGAAGUUGCCUGAGUUUAGUGCUAACCAGGACAUGCUCUACAGUCUGAUCAACUCUCUGUCGUACUGCCUCCAAGUGGUCACAAGUUGUAGUUGCACACCUGAAACACCAGGGAAUUUUAACAAUACCCAUGUAUUAGGGCCAGGAUCACUUACCGCACAAAACACAAAGGAUUCUGAGCGCCCAUCUGCUGGUCCUCACCUGGAACAUGGAGGAGAAGUUCCAGCAAAGCGGCUGAUGCAGCUUGUAGAGGAGAUUCUGCAGUCUGCAGCAGAUUUGAUGCUGAGACACAUCUUGCUCCAUGAGGCCAAAGUGCACACAGUUAGGACCGGCCUUAUCACUUUGCUUGCUUCAACCCAAAACCGAACCUCCACGAUCAUCAGGAGUGGCUUCACCACCAUCCACAUGCCUGCUGCUCUGAUCCAGAGUGUGUUUGGCUUUCACACUGUAAGGACUCGACUGAGAGAGCAGCAACCCUGCGUCUUCCGAGUGCUGACUGAGCUCAGCCACAACUAUUACCCCAGGGAAAAAUGUCCUCCACAACUUCAAACAGGGAGAGCUUUUACUCCCAAAUCCUUAUCCCAGCUGGCUGGACCAGUGGUGGAUCUUAGUCUGUUUAACUGCAGCACAAGGAAAAAAAUCCAUAUUCCUUCACUCUCUCAGCCAAUAAACAUUGAGGUGCAACUUCCCCAAAGAAACGAAAGCUCCACCACUCAGUACAUCCUUCACCGUAACCAGGUCAACUACCACAACUUCAGCAUCAGUCAGCAGCUCUUACUGCAGGCUAUCCAGGUGACAGUGGUGCUCACACCCCCAUCCAGCAAGCCUUUUCCCAUCAUGCUUCUCUUCAGGAUGUUUGAGAGGCCAACUCCCAGCAUGCACCACCUGCAAAGGAUUCACCAGUGGGAGCACAAUGUCAUACGUGUAACUCUGCCCCCUUCCUACCUUAACGUUGCAGGCGUCGCCCACAUAGCCCUGCUGGAUGCCAAUUUUAAAAGACUACCCAGGAGCAAAAUACAAAGAGAACAGAUCAGCUACAGUCUGACAGCGGACAGCAGCCUGUGUGUGUCCUGGGAUGGAGAGCAGGGGGACUGGACGCACCAUGGUUGCAGGACACAUCAAACAGACACGUCUUCUGCAGCUACCUGCAGUUGUUUCCAGCUGAGGCCACUGACCGUCUUUCAGCAGCAGAUUCUGAGCAGCCAGGACACAGGUGAUCUGGAUCCCUUCCUAAGCGAAUCCAGUAAUCUGACGGUGCUCAUUAUUUUGGCGAUCCUUCUGCUCCUGUACAUCCUGGGACUCGUCUGGUCUGAGAGAGCUGAUGCGGUGUCCAAGGAGAAUCAAAGGGUCCACUACGUGUCUGACAACAGUCCAGCAGACCCAUUUCUCUAUGCUGUUUGCAUUCACACUGGUCUCUGCUCCGCAGCCCAUAUGACUGCAAAAGUUUACAUUGUGCUGUAUGGUGAAAAUGGAUUCUCACAGACAAAAGAACUUCAAGUCCCAGGGUGCACUCUGUUUAGAAGAAACACUAAAGACACCUUCAUAGUGAGUGCAGCCGUCAGCCUGGGCCCAGUUUGGGGGGUUCACAUUUGGCAUGACAACUCUGGACCUUCUCCUGACUGGUACCUCAAACAAGUGGUUGUGUCAGAGGUGAAUAGAGGGCAGGUGGAGGCGACCUCAUGGGUGUUUGUCAGUGAGUGCUGGUUGGCUGUGAGCAAAGAGGAUGGGCAAGUGGAGAGGAUGUUGCGUAUCGGCUCUCAAGAAAUACAUUUAGCUAAGACGCUGCUGGUCAGGUUUUCUGACUACUUGGCUGAUUUCCACAUGUGGCUCUGUGUGUACAGCUGCCCCAGCCCCAGCUCAUUCACACACACUCAAAGACUCAGUGUUUGCCUGCUUCUGGUGUUGGGAUAUGCAUGUGCCAACACUGUCAUCAUAUCACGUACGGAUGAUCAGUUGCCAUUCGAGGUGGGCGUUGUCGAUAUGUCAGUUGUUUCUGUUACGACCGGACUUCUAAGUGUGAUGGUUGUGUUACCUGUAGCAACACUGAUUUCUUUCUUGUUUCGAUUGACGGGGAACAAACUGAUGGGAUCAGGAGUUCAACGUAAAAAUUGCAUAAAAAAUGCACAAGAUGAUUUUCAGGAAACCUCUUCAGUAAACAAUAGGGAGUUAGACUAUCAUGUGUCUUGGCACAGCCGUUGGAAGUGGACACAGGAAGCCUUGGAGAAGAAGUACCAGGAUGCAGAUAUCCUCUCGGUUUCCUCCAUUCAUGAAAAUAAAGGCACAGAUGAAGAGUCUACAAUCCAAACAGGCAUUGCCAAAAAGAGUCUUGAUCUUCUGGUAUUUGAGGGCAGUGAGGGACCCGCGCUUCACAAAGUGCUGCUAAUUUCAAAAGGGCAAAAUUGUGAUCACGCACCUGAAGGAAAAGCUGAAAAAUGUUCACCUGAGAUGGUUCGGUUUGAAACUCAAACAGCUGGAAGAAAUCAACCCGUUCGAAACAAGUUCAGACCACCGUCGUUUUGGUGCUGCUAUCUGGCCUGGGCGCUGUGUGGGCUGUUGUCUCUCGCAUGCUUGGUGGUCACAGCUGACCAUGGAUUGAGAUUCAGCAGCAGCAAGGUUCUGCUUUGGACACAUUCGCUUUGUGUUUCUCUUAUGGGUUGUAUGUUCAUCAUUCAACCAGCUCUGAUAUCAGCCGUGGCAAUGAUUGUCUCCUUUUGGUACAAGAAAGCAGCACACUUCCAUUGUUUUUUCAGCGUAAGGAAGUCGCAAAUAGAAACAAACCUGUGGAACAAGACUGAUGCUGUUGGACCAGGAGAACAAUUAACAACAUCUGCUCUCUGUGAGGAGACCUCUUCAUCUGUGGAAAAGCUGCUCUGGGCUCGGCAGAGGGCUCGGUGCCUGCGUCUCACACACCCGCCGACUCCAGCAGAACUGAGGAAAACUCGUGGAAAGAGAAGGAGAGAGGCUCUAAUCCAUGAAACACUCAGGGAUUUGUUUUUCUGUGCUAUCAUGCUUCUCCUGAUGGUGUGUAUAAUCUCUGGCAGCUCAGUGAAAGAACAUCAGAAUCUCAACAAAGCCAUAAUGACACACUUUAUGAGGAGCAAUUCUUAUUUCACCUCCAUAAAAUCCCAUGAGGACUGGUGGAAGUGGACACGGUCGAGUCUGCUGGAUUUAUUGUACCAGAAUUCAUCAGCAAAAACCGAGCAACCACACAUUGUAAUUGGAGAGCCUGUCAUAGAGAAGAAAGAUAUUUCCAACAUAUUUCAGAAUGCUAUGCUGACAAAUCCAUGGACAUGUGAUCACCCCUGUUCAGAGAAAGCUGCUACAGUCCGUUUUGGCCACACAAAGUCUGAAGCUGCAUCAAAACUGAAGACCUUGCAUUCAAGCAGCUGGAUCAGCAGACAGACGGUGGCCCUGAAGGUUCAGUUCACCUUGUACAGCCCUGCGCCUCACUUGUUUAGCAGUGUGAGCCUGAUCACUGAGCAGAGGCCUGAUGGUGCACUGCUGCACUCUGUCAAAGUCCAGUCAGUGAAGUUGUUACACACUCCUGCUCUGUGGGACCAUGUCACUAUGGUCUGCAAGCUGCUCUUCCUUCUCUUCUCGCUACUACAACCCUGCAAUCAAGUGUUCACUGUUGCACAGCAAGGGCUGAUGGGAUACUGGACGAGACCCUGCAUGUGGCUGGAUGUCAGUCUGCUGACAGUGACUCUAGUCUGUUAUGCCUGUUUUAUCUAUCACUCCACCAUGAUCAUGGAAGUUGUGAGUUUGCUGCAGACACAACACAGAGGACAUGUUGACGUUAGCACAGUGGCCAACUGGGAACAGAAAAUUCGGACACUCUGGGGCGUCAUCUUCUUCCUCCUUACCAUGAAAUGUGUGACUGUGCUUAAAGUGAGCAGAACCUUAAGUUCCUCAGCUGCAGUCCUUUCACAGACACUCUCCAGCCUCUUAUGGCCUGUGGUUUCAGGUCUGAUCCUUCUGCUGGCAUUGUCCUGUUCGAGUAAUCUGCUGCAUACAGAGAGCUCCUGGGCUUUCAGCUCUGUUCCCCGCUCCCUGCAGACUCUGCUCUGUCAUUACCGUGGGCCCCGGGUCACCAAGAGCGCCCUCCACUCAGGGCAGGGUUUCUCUCACUGGGCCGUUCUGUGUCUGACAACUACUGCUGUGUGGAUGACAGUGAUAACUGGAGCGAUAUCCUUGUUGGUGAAAACUGCUAAAAUAUCUCAGAGCAGGAACUUUAAUUUUACCACAGGAGAACUGUUAUGCUACCUAAGAAUGAAGGUUUCUGAAUUUACUGGACGGCAAAGACAAGCAAGGACGGAUGACAAUGAUAAAAGAAGGACCAAUGUUCUUGAAGAGUUGGAGAUUUCGGUAGAUGAACUGUUGUUCAGACUCAACGUCCUUUCCAGCAGCAUGCACCACACUCUGAGAGCCCACUGCCACAGAGAGGAGGCCAGUCCCUUCAUCUCAGCCUUGCCACAGUCCCCCAACAUGGACACACAGGAACGUCUGAGUUCACGGAUAAUGGUGAAAAAUCCUAAAACAGGGAAUAAAUCAACCCAUGAGCCACACGAAGGAGCAACCCCACCUGCAUCUCACCUGCUCAGGUCCCAGGUUGAAAUCCAAAACGUUUUAAAUGGAAAAAAUGAGAUGUUGGACAUUAAAACCUGGUUGCCCACCUCAGAGUCAACAUCUCUUGAAAGGCUUUGGGCAGAAGAUAUUUGUGAGAAUCAACCUGAGUUGCAGACUAGAUCAAAUGACAGGCACUGGUUUACUAAAACUCAUUCUAAGGUGGUGGAGGUUCUGGUCCAUAAAGAGCCAGGAACAGGCGAACCAUAAUCCAUUCUUCUUGUUUGGAAGCAACUCUGGGAAAGGAAUGUCCCAAAGUGUGCAUCGAUAUCCAGUUCUUUCUGUAGAGAUUGAGCACCGACUGGAUGUUUUUACAGUACUGUAUUUUUUUUCAUGAUGCCAUGAUUUGAUGCUUUUAUCCUGUAAAAUGAUUAUGUUUAAUUAAAAA